AUGCGGGAUGAGAAGCGACGACGUACCCGAGAUGAUGAAUGUGCAAAGCAAUCUUGGGAGAGCCGCGAGCGGGACCUCGAGUUGGAACGACCCUCACCCCCAGGUGCAAAGUCGCAAUACUCCGCCACUCCGACUGUUACCUCUAGCGGUUCAACCCCAUCUCGAUACAGUAGCCCACAUCAAGAUUCUGGUCAUCAGACAGAGAAGUCUUCGGGUAGUUAUGGCCACCCUCACUGUUUUCAUGCCUAUGGCCACGCCUCAUCUUGCCACCACUCGACCUCAAGAAAACCAGCCCCUCAGCAACAUCGAGGCAACGGCGCCGAGUCCGCGCUUAUGCGAGCCUCAAAAAAGGGCGAUUUGCUUACAGUGAAGAUGCUCAUAAAAGAAGGGGUCGACGUAAAUGAACAGGACGUUCACGGUGAGUUUUGUUACGUGCGCGUGUGCUUUUUGAUUAUCUUUUAUGCGUUCACUCCAGGUCGGACGGCGCUUCACGAGGGCAGUGUACAAAAUUUCUCCCACCUUGUGGGCUACCUUUUAAAGCACAACGCGAAUCCCAAUUUAAGGGCUAUUCCUCGGGGAGGUAACAGCACUAUGGGGAAUGGCAAUACACCCUUGCACGAAGCGGCUCGGGAAGGCCAUGUCCGCAUCAUUCGAGCACUGCUGCGUUACGGUGCCGAUCCGAAAAUCUGUAAUGCCAACGGCGACCGUCCCGUUGACUUGUGUCCCAACGAAGCCAGCCAAGCAAUUUUACGACAGGUGGGCCUAAUGUCUCCGCCUCUCGAUGCUCCCCACCUGAGUCGAGGUUCACUCAUCGAGGAACAUGUUGGUGGUUGUGUCAAACGACGAAGUAGCCCUGAGCACUCGAAUUCAAGUCCGGGAUAUGGGCAGUCCCAGCAACAUCGAGCAUCAAUCUCACCUCACUCACACACCCACCACCAUCAUCAUAGCCACAAACACCAUUCUCCCAAUGCAGUGCGUAGGAACACAAUGCCCAGUUCAACUCCCUCUGUCCUAGUUGGUGAGACCGCCAGCAACAUUCUUCAGCCUCCCAGGCCGGGCAAGUAUAUUUUUGAGAUCACUAAAAAGGACCCCUACGCUUUUGAUGAUGAGGAGGUAGAGCUUACACCCCAACUGAACCAGGAGAUUCCCUCGCAGGCACCCACAAACAACACCGCAUCAGGCUCCUCUUCACCACCGCACACGCAUCGUUUCAGUUCAACGUUCUUGCCUCCUGCUACCACAUCCUCCCUCCAUGUCAACACUGUAGGAGCAGAUCCUUCUCACUCUGGGCCUCCCUCUUCUGUUUCACCAAACACUUGUGGACCCCCACUCAAGUUACGCUUCGCCAUAGAAGCUGGUCACUACACUGUUAUGGAAAACCAAGAUAAUCAGAUGGACCAAGCCGCUGUCGCCGGCCUUGCUGCCGCUACAAUUGAUGUGACCCUCAAACAAGAGGACGAGCUUCUGGUCAGUAAGAAUGAACAAUCGGGACAGGGAACUUCCUAUCUGGCUGUUGAAACAAAUGUUGAGCGGAUUAAGGCUGAGUCUGGAGAACAUAAACCAAACGCCUGCUUGGGAGAGACGGACGAUCGAGAGAGCGAUGACGGACGUUCACCUAAGGUUCCCCCACUUCGCAUCAAACUUGGUAAUACUAGCCCUCCUUCACCGCCUUCCUCUUCACACCAAUCCACACUUUCCCUUCCGCUCGAAUUGAGCCAAGCUGGACUUGACAACGCACUUUCUACCAGGAGUCCCAAUGAUACGGCUGAUGGAGCCGAAAAAGCGCACGAUAAUGGAAGUGACCCUCAUGCUACAACAUCGCAGUUGUCGUGUAUUGUUGAUUCCACCGAGGUGGUCGACGGAAAAGAACACGAAACAUGCGGUGAAGCGUCAAAGGGAGAACAGGAAGAGUCAUGUGCGAUGGAGGACACAGACGAAGGGGAUCGGAAGUGGGGAGAUGCGUUGUUUGCAGCCUCCCAUCAAACCAGACGAGGUGGUGGAAAGCUUUCUAAGGUCACAUCGUCAACUUCGUUAAGCGCGGUGAAAUCCACGAACGAGUCACUUACGAGAAAACACGUUCCGGACUCGAAUGAAGCAAGGGUGAAGGAUAAUAGUGAGGUGAAACCGGACGAAACACCGAAAACCCGAAGUUCUCGAACACUGCGCUCUCAUACCGCGGCCCAACGUGAAAGGGAGGAACGAGAAAAACGGGGUGACGCUUAUCUCUUCACGAAUCUUACAACGAAUACUUAUCUGAUUUUCUCACUUUUGACUUGUCCAGCCGACGUAACUCCUUUGAAGAAACGUAAAUAUCGCACAAAGGGACCAAGUGGAAAUGGAGCCGGUGGUACCUGUAGUGGUGCUGAGAGUAAUAGCAACAACGAUCACCGCACGGACGAAACAGACGCUGGCAAAUUCACCGACCAUGAAGACACCACCACUAACGAAAUCUCUCUCCGACCCAAUUCCACUGCCUCAACAAUCACAGGCGACAAUAACGCUGGGGAUGAGGAACAAAUUAUGAGCGACAGUGGCGGGGCUAAUGUGUCACUGUCUAUGUCCGGCCCAGCGGCACAAGACAAUGGUAGUAAGCCGACUCGCGUCUUCGAUGACCCAAGUAAACUAAGUGUAGCUGGUUGGGGCGAAAAUCCCUACGAGAAGGCCUCAGAACUUAAUCGAGGGUUGACCGAAUUGAUUGGCAAGUUAGUGGAACUGCAACCAAAGGAACCGACAGGUUACCAGGACUAUCUUCUCGUAACACGAGGCUACCUUCUUGCUGACCGUAUUCCCCAGCACCAGGGCCGGCGCCCCUGUCCGUCUGGACUUCCUGCUCCGUUAGCUGAAUUGUACGAGGAGCAAGAAGAAGAACGCUACGCACAAACACUCAAACACCAGUCAGAAAGAGAGCAGCUUAGACUCUGCGCCGAGCAAUCUGUGCUGAGGGCUCAGACGAGGGCGACAAUCGCCUUAGCCAACCAACCACGGCCUCUUUCGUUUUGUUCUGUUAUGGCAUUCAAGGGCUUCACCUACUUGCCUCCAUUCAAGGAUCCUGAACAUCGGGCAAGUAUAUUAAUAAACCAUGGUCCCUACUCUUGUCUCUUUGCGGCCACCUUAAUGGCUCAACAUGGGCUGACUCCCUGUCUCUUCCUUUUUCAGGAUGAAGAGAACGUGCGAGACCGUUUCAAAGCACGAACUCUUAUUGGUUGGCUCCAAGACAUCAAAGAUAACUUCCAUCUUGAAAAGGCAAGUAAUUUGACAAUCAAGAAGCUUCUUUGUCGCCAGCUGCAUGAGGCCGAAUCGCUAAUGAUGGUGCAAAAACUGGACUGGGAGGUAAAGCUGAAAGAGCUGCACGUGUACGACUACCGGGCUAAUGUCUUUGACAAAAUACCCAGUCAGCAUGUGCCUCUCAUCGAGGUGCCCAGUGACUUCCCACUCUUUGUGCACGACCCCAUCCAACGGCCACCUUGA